AUGGAGGAGAUCAAGGGCAAGACAUUUUUGCCGGCGAUAUUUGUCGGGUACCAGCGAAGUAGGGCCAAGCAGCGCGAAAAUGUCGCUCUUGUCAAGGUCAGUGGGAUCUAUACACGCGCAGAGACAGACAAGGUGCUCGGGAGACUCAUUGCAAUAAUCCACUCCAAGAGCGGCAAGCCCAUUUUCGGCAAAAUCUGCCGCCCGCACGGCAACUCCGGCAUGGUCCGUGCGCGCUUCUACACAAACCUCCCGGGCCAGCUUAUGGGCCACAAGGUGCGUGUUUUCUAUGACAAUAUCGACGUGGGCGACCGCGCAACACCGAAGUACGAGCGCUUGUACGGGAACCCCAACGCGACGGUAACCUACGAGUAA